UGGGUCACCAGGCAUCAGGUCAUUUGGUCUUGCCAGCGGGCACCGCGUCAUCUGGCAAGGCAGUGGGCACCGGGUCACCAGCAUUGGAUCGUCUGGCUCGACUGCGGGCAUCGGGUCACCAGGUAUGACAGCGGGCACUGGGGUCACCAGGGCAUCAGGUCAUUUGGCUCGCCAGCGGGCACCGCGUCAUCUGGCAAGGCAGUGGGCACCGAGUCACCAGGUACCGGAUCAUCUGGAUCAACAGCGGGCAUCGAGUCAACUGGCCUAAUAGGAUCAUCAGGCUGGGAUCAACAGGCAUCAGGCUGGGUACAGGCAUCAGGCUGGGUA